GAAGCAGCGCUUGGCGAGCAUGCUCCAUUUAUAUCGUACGAUCUUUUUCUAAUUAAUGUUGUUGUCGUCGUUGUCAUUGGUGGUGGUGGUGGUAAUGGCGGCGGGACUAGUUGUGGUGCAUGGUGCUCGUCUGGCCUUUUAGGAUCUGGUGAUCUGACCGCGGAAAGUGUUGACGAUGAGGAUAACGAUGAGAAUGUGGAUAACAUGCAACCGCCAGUGCCCUCUUUCUCGGUGGCGCACAUCGCUGUAAGAUUUACAUUUUCUGUAGAAUGUAGCCACCCGGAAGCAAACCAAGUUUUGGGCAUAUCCUCUACAGCAGCUACAGGGCCAGUACGAAAUCGAAUCGACUUAUCGUCGAGGGGUCGCUUUCUUGCACCUGCUGGCUCGCAUCAGCGAUCUGAGCCUGGUUGUGUUGCAUCACUUGGCCCUGAUUUAUAGAUUUGCGCUAGUGUGGAUGGUGCGCGGCUGAAGCUGCGCCUUGCUGCAGCUAAGCAUUCCAUUUUACAUCUGUUGCUGGUCGCCUGUUUGCACAUACUGUUGGCUUUUCCUGUAACGUAG